UUCUUUUUUUUUUUUUUUCCUUCGGUUUCUCACAAUUUUCCAUUCUUCGCUUUUGUUCCCGCAACUGUGGCUUUAACAAUUCAAACUGGAUUCCAACAAGCAGUACGUGUCGCGAUUACAUCGCGGCUACCGGAGGCUUAAAAAAUUAUUCAAGCGUGUGGCGAACCAGGCGCUUACCGUUUCGCCACAGCCGGCAGUAACGGUGGAGGGGCCGGUGUCCAAAAUGUCUCCACCAACAAACGAUGUGACCAAUGGUGUGGUAGCGCCACCCAACACCUUGGCGCCGCGGGUUUCGCCGACCACGAACCCGGCCCUCACCACCAUCAACCCGCCAACGCACAAACGGACUCCCAAGGACUUCAUCUUUGGCAAGGCGAUCGGCGAGGGAAGCUUCUCCACCGUUUACCUCGCCAAAGAUAUCCACACCGGGAAGGAGUACGCGAUCAAGGUGUGCGAUAAACGUCAUAUCAUCAAGGAGAAGAAAACGGAAUACGUGAAACGAGAGAAGGAGGUGUUGAACAUGCUCGCGGGCGCGAAGCAUUCGUUCGUGCGCCUGUUCUGCACCUUCCAAGACGUGGAGAGACUCUAUUUCGUCCUGUCGUACGCGAAGAACGGCGAGCUCCUGCCGUAUAUCAACAAGGUUGGCUCGUUCGACAUCGAAUGCACCAAAUUUUAUUCGGCGGAGAUUCUCCGUGCUCUCGAGUACCUUCACGGGCUCGGCAUCAUCCAUCGCGACCUCAAACCAGAGAACAUACUGCUGGACGAGAAGAUGCACGUGCUCAUUACCGACUUUGGUAGUGCGAAGAUCCUGAAAGAUCCGGAGACAUCGGUGACGACGCAUCCCGCGACCGAUGAUUCGCAGCAGCAGCAACAGCAACAGCAGCAGCAGCAACAACAACAACAGCAACAACAACAACCGUACCGAAGAGAACGUAGGGGCUCGUUCGUUGGUACCGCCCAGUAUGUGUCGCCAGAGCUCUUAACUGACAAAACGAGCAGAGCUUCCGAUCUGUGGGCCCUCGGCUGUAUAAUCUACCAGAUGGUCGCUGGUUUGCCUCCGUUCCGCUCGAGGAGCGAGUACAUGAUAUUCCAAAAGAUCCUGAAACUCGAGUACGAGAUCCCUGACGGGUUUUGCGAGCUGGCGAGGUCCCUCGUCAGUCAGCUACUGAUACUCGACCCGACGCAGAGAUUGGGCGCCCAGGACGAACACGGCGCCGGAUAUCCCAGUAUCAGGGCGCAUCCGUUCUUCGAGGCUGUCGACUUUGAGACACUCCACGAGCAGACACCACCGCCGAUCUAUCCCUAUCUACCCGGUACGUCGGAGAACGAGGAGCUCAGGUCGCAGUACAGGGUUCCCGAUCAUCUGGAACCCGGCCUCGACGACAAACAACUGACCAGGCUUCUCGGCCUGGGCAUCGGCGAGGACGACGACGACGACGACGACGAUGACGACGAUGACGAGGAUACCACCGCGGAGCGCGAGAAACCCGCGCAGACCAGUACGAUCGUGGAGAAACCGAGAAGAACGAGGACCACCGCUGACGGUAGUAACAUCGCCGAUCUAACGCCGGAAGAGAUCAGGAACCGGCUGGAGAAGCAACGUUCCUCGAACCAGUGGGACAGCUUCGUGGAGGGUAACCUGAUAUUGAAACAGGGAUUCGUCAACAAGAGGAAAGGUCUCUUUGCUAGACGAAGGAUGCUCCUGCUCACAACCGGGCCGCAUUUGUAUUACGUUGACCCUGUAAACAUGGUGCUUAAGGGCGAGAUACCCUGGAGCCCGGAGCUCAGGGUCGAGCCGAAGAGCUUUAAAAUCUUCUUCGUUCACACGCCAAACAGAACGUACUAUCUCGAAGAUCCCGAAGGAUUCGCAUUAGAGUGGUGUAGAGCGAUUGAGAACAUGCGAGUCCAUUAUUACGGCCUGCAGGAGUCCACCGCUUAAACAGAAGACUGACAAACACAGAUUGUUUCGGAUGGAAACAGAGCGAAUGAACGUUCCGCCGAUUAUGGUAACAACAAUGUCCGCGAGGUGUGAUCAUCGAUGUGUAUCAUUACCCGUUUCGUGGCCAGAGGAGGCGUUUAUAUAGAUCGUUUGUUAGCGUAUAACUCGGCGUUAGGGCAGGUACAUUCUAGAGUAAGUUAGCGUUCCAACGCACGUUCGAAGCGUUACGGACACCUUAGAACAAUUUUCUAGAUAAAAAUUCAAAAGCGUUAGCAGCAGAUUUUCCCACAGGGGAAUAGGAAAGAACAGGCAAACUGGAAAGAUAUGUAAUCGUGCAGUUACCGAUUUUUUUUCACCAGUUACGUUUUUUGCUAUCUGUUGUCCAACUUGGGGGACCUUGAAAAGGCUGCACGGCGUAUUUCUAAGCACGUGAACACACACAAAGCGAAUAGCGAAAUUUUUUUAGUCAAGGUUUUUUAGCUGUGUGUAUUCACAGUGUAAUUGUGCUGCUGCUGCUGCUGCCGCCUGUGUGACGUAACGUCCGUGAUCGAGGUCGCUUGGCAGUCCACGUUACUUUCGUCGCGGAGAAAGGAAAAUAAAGUUGUUUGCCCGUGCGAAUUUUUGUUAUUUAUAAUUCGUGACGCGUCAUCGGGAUAUCACGCUGAAAAUUUCAUCAUGUUGAAAAACUUUCGUAACGUAACUGGAGAAGAGAUGUGAGAACACAUACAUAGUAGUACCUGGUUGGAGGAAGAGAGGGCAAGAUGCAAGAACUGCAGAUUAUAACGUGAAUGGAGGCCAGGCGUACGUCGAUCACUCGCGUUUAAAGCAAUAGCAGUACGUAGCAAUUUUGUUCCAAAUAUAGCCAAAAUUAUGUAGAAAGUUGCAAACGAGUUUUUUUUUUUUUUUUUUU